AUCCUCCAAUUUUGGAGUGAGGAAUGGAGCAGUCAACUACGGAUUCACAGCAUCGUCCAUGAUAGCUUAAGGAUCCAGAGACUAGACUGUGGGCUCUGUAGCCUUUCUUGUCCACGGCCUCAACUUCAUGCCCAGCUCAAGCACCUGAUCCCCCUCCACAUUGCGCGGGUGGACUUCCAAGUGCAGAACCGUGCGUCAUGCCGGUCAGACCAGCUUCAAAAUCUAUAUCUAGCUCGACUGCUCCGACAAUGUCCUCAGCAUCGUCUAGCAAGCACAGGAUGGACCAGUCACUUGAAUUGUACAGCAACAGCGAUGUCAACAGCGUGCUGGGCAGACCUGAGGGAGGUGUUGGGGGAGAGCUUAGGGUCAUCGCAACGUUGGUUGGGAGAUUAGUGAACAAGCUACCUUGCAACUCUGGCACGAGGCUCGGUGUGAUGGAGAUUGACCGGACCGUCACAGCAACUGUGCAGGCUCUACUCCAAAUAUCGAGUACUCAGCUUGGGGGCGUCGUGCAUGCUUUGGUGAUGGCGCUGGAGAAUCUUUCAAAGUAUCUCAAUGCGGGCUUGAACACCCAUGAUGUCGCUCUUGAAAUCUUGCAAUCUCAGAUAUAUAUCUUGGACAUUCUUUCUCGCUGUCUAUCCCAUCAAUGGUAUCUUCAAACACAGCGGCAAACCCAGCCUGUCAGCGAUCUUCCAAGACUCUGGACCGACCCUGCCCCUCUCGAUGAGAGCCUCGCGAAGUACCUUUUAUCAAUCAUUCUGGUCUACAUACGCCAACGGUUGAACGCGGAUCAGGCUUCUAAUCCUGGAACGUCCAGUCCUGCUCCGAGUCGCGAGACGAGGAAUAUUGGCAUCAGCUCAGUGGUCUCAUGGAAUCGGUCUCUGUCGACAGGGGCUGAAACCGGUGGCAUUGGAACCAACUUUUUGAGGGAUCACUCGAUACCGUCCGGGGAUACCCGGCCGAACGGACCAAAAGAGACCAGAUUGGCCGGCUUAUGCGACACACCGCUCACUUGUGCUGCUCAGAUGACUUCCGUCAUCGCUCGGAUCGUCUUCCACCUAUCUUCAUCCAAUUGGCCAGUGCUCUUCACUCGAAUCCGAUCUCGGAUCGCGCAUCUGACGACUACAAUCGAAGAGCAUCCCGACCAAACCGAGAUACGGCUCCUUGAAUGGUCGAAUAUUAGCCGUGUCCGCCUAAGUCAGAUAUUGCAGGAGAUAUCCACCACUUUCAUGCACAUCAAGCGGCCGGCGCAGAUCACCGUCGCCGCAGUCUUGCGUAAAGCUAUAUGGAACUUUAUUGAACCGCAUCCUGCCGAGUUUGAGGCAUUAAUCCAGUCUGAGCGUAAGAUUGAGGGCGGAGCCGACGUUUUGUUCGACAUACUUCAAUCAAUGUCGGAUAUCUCCUCUUCAUCCGCUGCGCGGCGUACCAAGGUCUUCUACCCUCUGAUGGCCAUGCUAAUGGUGCUUUGUCCGGACAUUCUCAAGCGGAUUGCCAUGGGAGAUCUGGGGUCAAAAUCAGCUCCGGGGCUGACGAAGAAGCGCAACUUUAUGGAAAGUUUGAGGAAGGGUCUCAACACGAGCAAGGGCAUCGAAGCCUGCAUUGUUUGUUAUGUCGACUUUGUCAGCGCAGCUCAUCGGGUAUCCCCAAAGUUGGAGAGUUGCGGAGUGCGGACACUGAUUCCAGACAUUCAGGGUGAUCUCAAGAACGCCAUCCUGAACUCUCAAUACAAGGACGAGAUUGGAAGCUCCUCAAUUUUCAUCGACGGACUCACUGCUCUGUUCAAUAUCGACCCAAAUGCUAUUUCCUCUUCGGUAUUGCCACGGCUGCUCGCAGACAAAAACGAGCUCAAUCAGCUCAUAGCUCUCAGAGCCAUGCAGUUGACUGCUUCGGACAGUCGGCAGCUGCCCUGGACUCCACAAUGCGAUGUUCUAAGGGCUAGUACGGCUCUGACCAUCCAGAAGUUGCUGUUGACUCUCUCCAAGCACAUUUUUGGUGACUCGACAUCUCGCAGGCCUCGCGCUAGCCCUGAGCUCCCGUCUAGUCAAACCGACAUUAUAGCUGAGAUCUUGAGGCUGUUCUCGAAUGAUCCUGGGUACAUCCUGGACCGGAAGUCGCUCACUCCAGAGACUCAGAAUCAGACUCUGGGCGCCAUUGCGGCUCUCUUGGUAAGCCCAAGCCCAGCCCUCCUGCGACUCGAGGCAUCAAAAGCCUGCAGCUCCAUUCUAGAGGCGAUCGGAUCCAUGGAGAGUGAGCUAGGUUGCAAUUCGCAACUUGUCACCCAGUGGGCAGAUUCAUUGUGGAGGAUGGGUCUUGAUGCGCAUCGUCAAUUGCUAUACGCGAUUCAGAGCGUAGACUUGAUCGAUAUCAAUGACGCCUUCGACGCGGUAAGACACAUAUCGGAAGCAUUCGUCAAAGCAGCCGAGCCACAUCCAGAGGCCUUCUCGUCCUCCGUCGCUGGAGACGCUGCGUCCCUCGUCGCUAUCGUUUCGACCGUUGGACAGCUCUGCUCGCCGGAUUUUGAGCACAUUGCAGCAACUACGAGUGUGAUGAAGACCAUUAUCAAGAUUACCCAAAUCGCCUACCAGGUCAAGCUGCCUUCUUCAUCACCCGGUCAAACAAAUUGGGGUGACCCCGAGAAACGUGUUCAAGCGAGAAUGACGAUGCUGAGAGAUCUGAGCAGUCUACCCCCAUCGCUUGGUCGUCAACAACAACAGAGACAGCUGAGGAAGAUUUAUCGCCCAUACUGUGUUCCCUCUACAGGUGGUAUUGCCAUCUGGACAGGUUGGGCGCAAGUGGCAAAAGUCUUGACGUCCAAGAUCGUGGCGGCAUAUGCAGACUCGACGGUACCAUACGGCGGCCGUUGUCGGGGUCUUGCACUGGACAUCGAAGGUCUUGAUGAAGGACAAUCCAAACUUUGGCAGAAUGUCAUCUUGUUUCUCCUUUCGACCUGUGGACUGUGUGUAUACGAUGGGACACCUCCUCCAGCACUGGUCGACACUGUAGGCAAAGGAGUUUUACCGAGGAUUUAUGACGACCCGCCCGAUCCAAGAGAACUGUGCGAGCAAUUUAUCAGGGAUUGCGUGGACUUAAUCGCCAGUCCCUCGGUUCAUGUCAGAGAGAUCUUGAAAGAGGGACUUGGGACUGAACUACCACUCUACUGGGCGAAGGUCAUGGUCUCACAAAUGGUCAAAGUACUCUCCUUGAGUCUCAGUGCCAACGGGUCAUUGAUCUCCGAGUCGUAUACCACUUUCGUCGACCAGAUCCUUGUGAUUGUCAGAAUGACGCUUGAUCGUCUUCACCAAGAGACUGCAGCUCCAACACAACUUGACAUGUCAUCCUUGCUGGCAUUACUGUCACAGUAUCUUCCCAGACUGGGCAGGGAUGUCGACUCAAUGCGCAUAAAAAUACGCUUCUGCCAACUUGUCGAGGCCAUCGUACUCAAGUCGGAUAACACAUUACUGUCGAACGCCACCAGCAUACGAAAUACUGUACUGGAUAUCUUUAUGGACUGGACAGGCGAGGGAGGCGUUGAUCGCGAUGCGCAUCGAAGAGAUAUUUCAGAAAUUGGGAAAAUCCAACGUGAUCUGGAACGAGCCUCUCUCAAGGCAAUGGUUCCCAUCACCGAUCGAUUGUCCAUCAAAACAGCCGAAGAUGCUGAGAAGACGCAGAGUGCCCUCCAUUCUCGACUGUUCCACAAGUAUUUUCACCACCUAGUGAGAAUCCUCGAACGUUCCCAAGCUCCAGAUCUCACGGACUCGAUGUCGCCACCAUCCACGGCGUCCAGACCUAUCGCAGGAUCUUCAUCUGAGGACAUCUACUCCCUGGUCAUCUCGACCAUCUCCAACUUACUCGCCGCGAACAUGGACGUCGGGCUAAAGCAUUGUCUCAGUCUGGGCUAUCACGAUGAGAUCUCUCUCCGGGUUGUCUUCAUGCGCAUUAUGACUAGCAUUCUCAAAUCUGGCAACUUUGGCGGAACAAAUUCGAAACGGCCUUCCUCCAUACCCAAGGCAUAUCUCGGAGCUUUGGCAGGAAACAGUACGAAUCUAGCUUUGGCGGUUGCGAUCUGCGAGACCUGUCCCCCAAGUGAGAUUGACGAAAUGUCGCUGCUGCUGUUUCGAGUAUUCGAAGCGAAGGGGACGAUUUUGGCGCUACUCAAGGUCCUUACAGAGCGUGAAGUGGCCUUGACCAAUCACGAACCGGACCUGUUUCGGGCCAACUCCAUCACAACACGUAUUCUUACCAUCUUUGCCAAGACAUACGGCUACAACUAUGUCCGAGCAACUAUUCAACCUCUGAUACAUUCUCUCCUGGAGAAACCUGAUGAGACAUCGUUCGAGCUGGACCCGGCGAAAAUCGCGCCAAAUGAGGAUAUCGAGCGCAAUGCUGAUCAUUUGCAAGCAGUCUGUCAAGCCCUGCUUCAUCUCAUUUGUAACUCCGUACCAAAGGCGCCGACAAUCUUCAGGGUCCUCUGUCACUACCUGUGGUCCGCGGUCGAAGAAAAAUUCCCGGAUUCGCGCCAUUCCGUCGUUGGAUCCUUCAUCUUCUUGCGUUUCUUCUGCCCUGCCAUCGUUGCUCCGGAUCAAAUAGACCUGGAUGUCAGUCCUGACGCUAAAGAGGUACGAAGGGCCCUGCUACUCGUCACCAAGGUUAUCCAGAACCUCGCGAGUAACGUCAUGUUUGGGAACAAGGAGCCACACAUGAAAGUUCUGAAUCCUUUCCUGGAGAGAAACAUUCACGAGGUCACCAAAUUUUUGUCAAACAUCGCUGUGCGGCCGAGAUCGUAUGAGAUCUCACUAGCUGUAAAGGCAUCACAGGAGGAGGCCAGCCGAGCGAUCGAUCCAGAAGGUGACGAGGCGAUUCUACAUCGGUAUGUCUUCAAGCACCACACAAAACUGGAAUCCAGCCUUGAUGCCAUGCCUACGUCCUUUGCUCGCCCUUCAUCUGACAAGCCGUUGUCAGCGCGCGCAGAACUCGAGGGCAAAGCCACGCUUAGUCUCCUGCGGCAGAUAUUGGAUGAGACUGGCGCUCCGGCUCACGCCACUAUGAUCUCAAGUACUGCCCGGACCCAGGGCUUCGACGACUUUAUGAGUCAUCAUGCCGGUCGGAAUACAGAGACGGUGUCAAACGCCUUUUACGAAGGGCCAGCGAGUCAAAAUGGUCGGCGAAUAUUCUAUUUUGUCUUAUCCCGUGUCAGCGUCAUGGACUAUGAUUUACUGGCAUAUCAUGUCUUUCAGGUUUUGGACAAUAUCACAGACUUUUUCGACUUGGUCAUUGACUUGACAGAUUACAAUCAAGCUAGCGAACUUCCCAUACUCUGGCUGAAGCGGACCAUCCAGUUGUGUCCACCGGGCAUCUUCCCUUGCAUCCAUACCCUCGCUCUCUACAAUCCAAACACAUACGCUCGUGAUCGCAUAAAGCGACUGAUUUCGGAACUCUUGCUUGUCGUUCCUGCUGCUGGCAAGAAUGUGGUGGCAGUCAGCAGUCCCGCUGAGCUGGCCGAAGUCAUCCCUUUCACCAGUCUGGCAUUGCCGGAAACUACCAUGAUUCUCGCAUACGAGGCUGAACACGUCUUUACGAAUCUCUUAUGCUUGUUGGAUCACGAGAAGCAAGUGCCUGUGGUCGUCAAGCUCGGGCAUGACUGUAUGCAAGUGGCUUCGUGGCGAAAGCAGGAUCUCACCCCAGGCGUCAAGUCGUACAUCAUCGACGUGAUUCGCCUGAAGGACAUCGACGACAUUGGUACGGGUGGCAACCUACCCGCGGACUACCUCAUCAUAAAGUACUCGCAGACGCAAUCCUUUACCUUCAUCUCAAGGAAGCGCAUCGAAAUGGCUCAGAUUAUUCGGACUGCUCGAAGUCGUCUUCGUGAGACUGUAUCCAGCACUCGGACGCUUCGCUCGAGCGAUGCCCCUGGAACUCUUCUUAAUGUGGCAUUGCUGAAUCUUGCCUCGAAUGACGAGUUGCUUCGACUCAGAGCCUUUGAGCUGGCCGGCGAGCUGAGCUCAUUCUACAAGUGGGAAAUGGCGUCUCGGCAUUUGAGAGCCACAGCCGGUCUUAUCAUUCCUGGAAAUUGUUUGAAUUUGAUACUCGAUCUAAGCUCGUCCCUCGCUUUGUCCGCACCGCAUCUGACCUUGGAGCUACUCAAAGAAUGGUCCAUCGGAUUCACCAAAGCGGAAGCGUCCCAGAAGAUUGCAGCUCUGCACUACGUGCAGCCUUGGCUUGCAAAUCUCGACCGCUUUGCUCGGCCGUCCAGAGAUGACGGAGUUGACUCCAUCAAACAAGUGGAACACAUUAUUCGGUCAUUAGCUGCAAUCACGGUCUCUGAACGAAGGCGGCUGCAUCUUGCUAUACAGAGCAAUGUAUGGCUGUCAUUCAAGGACAGUCACGAGGCUCUGAUUGACAUCAUCGUUUCUGAGCUUCUGCAUAUGGCUGUCGACGCUGGUUUGGGUUCCGAGAAGCUCGAUUGCGCGGCGGACAUCCUUGUCUCUAUCGAGUCUACGAUCGUGCGGGGCAAGGUCAUUGCGAGACUGCGGAAAGCGAUUGCGCGGACAUACCUCAAACCUACUGUGAACUUGAUCGAUCACGUGUCAUGGCCAGAGAUAUCCUCCUUAGCUCGGGUCCUCCAAAUGCUGUCAUUCGAUAGCAAGUUUUACAUCUCAACGCAGCUCUUCCUGCCCGAAGUCUUACAUGUUGUCACUAUGCUGCUAGGAUCUGGACCGUUGGUCAUGCGGCAGACGAUCUUCAGCAUUACAACGAAUACGCUAAUGUCACUGGUCGCGUCUGCGCCGACCGGAGACAUGGACCCAGGGGCCCUGCAGGGAUUACUCGCCCACUUGUCUCGACCUGAGACGAUGAAAGCGUUUGGGCUAGAGUCCAGUCCAAGUUCGCUGGCUCUAGAAGGCAUAUUGGAGAAGGAUGUAACGGCGGCAUCUCUUGAUUCGGUCGAGACGAUCGCGAACUUCUUCACCGAUAUUCUAGUCGCUGCAGCUCCCUCCAUUGAUACUGCUAACGUGUGGAGGGCUCGCUGGAUGAGCUUGGUAGCUUCUACUUGCUUCCAACACAAUCCUGCCACGCAGCCACAAGCGAUCACGGUCUUGGGAUGCUUGGCUUCUGACGAUGUGGAUGAUGAUCUGGUGUACCAGAUUCUAGUAGCACUUGGAUCGACUCUCUCGCACUUGACAGAGAACGACGACAAGCUCGUCACCAGCAUGCUUCGUUGUCUGGCGCGAAUUAUUCCUGGUUUGUCGUCAGGCAGUCGUUAUCCUCUCAGCCUGUUUUGGAUUGCCAUUGGGGUGUUGCAACUGGGGCACGUACCACUCUUUGACCCUGCCUUGGAGCUGCUACUCAGUGCUCUUUCAACGAUGUCUGAAGCAGCCUCAGCAUGCCCAAUCACAGAGCUUUUGAUGCAAGGACGAUACGGUGGCGAAGAGGCGGCCAGAAGAUUGGACCAGUUCUCAGGAAUCUCAUUUACCACCGACGUCUCAUUCUCGCUCGUCGCUGUCAUUUUCAAGGGGAUCAGGCAUCCUUCGACCAGGAAGCUCACGGUCGAAGCAAUGAUGUCGCUCCUGCGGCUUGCAUCAGCGUUUCAAAUCCAAGAAGCCAAAGGAUUGAUCAACGAGAAUGGUGUGCCUUUCUUCAUGGCUCUGUAUCCGGUCUUAUCCUGCUCGUCUGGAGACAUCAAGGCUCUGUGGCAGGCCGCAAAAGUCGAUCAGCCUGCUUCAUCGGAGCCUGGCGAUAUCGCUGUGCUGGACCUUCUGAGCUUACCGAACAACUCGACAGCCCUGCUCCUUGCGUCUCUGACCGUCUCGAUAUUGAAUUUCUCAAGCUCUGAGACGGAAAAGUUGGUCCUCUACCGGAUACUGGUCGAGGCAGCUAUGGAAACGCCAGAAGUGAUGGCGAUGAUCUACGAUAGUCUCAUUCCUCGAAUGACAGCUGCUCUCGCCACGACAUCAUCUGUACCAAUCAUAAAUGCCAUCACCCUCAUCCUGGAAAGAGCAAUGGCGGACCCGAAUUACACAUUUCCGCCUACCCUCAAUGCUUCUGAAUCGACAUCAUCCUUACAACUUCAGGCAAAGAGCUAUGCGCAGAGUAUAAGCAGUGCACCUAGUGUCGGUCAAUCCCCUCGGGAUCAAGUUUUGGAGGAUCUAGGCAUGAGAGGCAUUGCCGAAUUGACGUUUCCGGCUAUGAAAUUGGACCAGGUCGCAUCUUUGGCCAAAUGUGUUUCGGCACUUAUCGAUGCGUUCCUGGCCUGAUUGAGUAACCUUGGAUAAAUGUCCAAGUCGCCCAACCCCUGUAAUCAUUAAUUACCAAGCAAUUAACGAAUGCCCGGAUCCAACGACGCUGUGUAUGGAAUUCGCGCCGAGGGAACGAAUCUUGAAUGGCAUGGCAACGACUUAGAAUACGACUAGACACGCAUUUGUGUUGCCUGUAGACGAACUACUCUUACGA